UAAUAUAGGAGUAGUAUAAUGUUAGUUGAAAUGUAAACCGUUGCAUUCAGCAACCUACCUCUUGCCUUGGAACUUUCUCCUUCUUGCUAUCUGAUUUUGCCAUUAUCUUUCACACAAGCGAAAAAAAGAAGGAUCUUGAGCAAAACUAUACCUUGCCUCUGUGAAGAUCUGCACCAUUGCUAUUUGUCAAGUAAGCAACAGUUAGGCUCUUGGUCAAAUGCAUAGCCAUAGCCGAUAAAGAGUUAUCACAUUAAUCCAAAGCUUCCAUCUUUUUUCCUCUCAUAUGAAGAAAUCAUCGGUUUUAGACAAGAUUCAUGAGAGCUGAAUCCAAGAUUUGCGAAAUCCCAUCUGGGAUUCCGACCCUUUUCAUUUCUAUGUCAAAUCAAGAUCCAAGUUGACUUUUUUCCGAGUUCCCUUCACAAAUCUUGUAUAAAGAUCAGAUUUUUCCGGCUCCGGAGGCAUUUUUGUUGUAGAUUGCAGAGUGAUGGGGGAGGAAGAGAGGCUCCCGACUCACGGCGAGGAAGCGCCGGAGAGCGAGGUGCGGAGCAUUUUGUACAGCCCUGUGCAUUGGUUCAAGAUGCUUGCGAGAGAAUUGCAUUGGAGCUUUGUGUUUGGAGUGGUGAGUGUGUAUGGCGUGAGCCAAGGCUUAGGUGGAGCUCUUGCAAGAGUUGGGACGCAGUUUUACAUGAAGGAUGUGCAGAAGGUGCAGCCGUCUGAGGCUCAGGUCUACGCCGGCAUCACUUCUCUUCCUUGGAUCGUCAAGCCGCUCUGGGGUAUCCUAACCGACGUUGUUCCGAUUUCGGGGUAUCAUCGGAGACCUUAUUUCGUUUUUGCUGGUUCCCUAGGAAUCGUCUCCAUGCUGUUCUUGUCGCUGCACCCGGGACUACACAUAGUGUUAGCAUUGCUUUCGUUGACGGCAUCAAGUGCCAGUGUUGCGAUUGCAGAUGUUACUAUCGAUGCAUGUGUGGCUCAGAAAAGCGGCCUUCAUCAUUCCCUGGCAGCUGACAUGCAAAGCUUAUGUUCCUUGAGCUCCUCGAUUGGGGCUCUCGUGGGAUUUUCUCUGAGUGGUAUAUUCGUUCACCUAAUCGGGCCACAGGGUGUAUAUGGCUUGUUAACGAUACCAGCUGGUCUCGUCUUCGUAGUUGGAAUAUUGCUCAAGGAACAACGCGUAUCCGCCUUUGCUUAUGAACAGAUCAGCCAGAACUUAGCCAAUGCUGGUAAAGCUAUGUGGAGGACGUUGAAAUGCCCAGACGUGUGGAGGCCGUGCUUGUACAUGUUCUUGUCCUUCUCGUUGGGCCUAAAUGUUUCCGAGGGAAUGUUUUAUUGGGUUACGGAUUCACCAUCCGGCCCUUCAUUUUCUAAGCAAAUAAUUGGUUAUAUCAUGGCAAUAGGCUCCGUGGGAUCGCUCCUCGGGGCUAUACUAUACCAAUACGGCCUAAAAGAUUAUCCAUUCCGCGAUCUGCUCUUUUGGGCUCAGAUCCUGUCCUGCCUCUCAGGGAUGCUGGAUCUGGCCCUGGUGCUGCGCUGGAACUUGUGGCUCGGUGUGCCCGACUUUGUGUUCGUGGUGGUUGAUGCGAGCGUGAGCCAAAUGAUCGGACGCUUCAAAUGGAUGCCACUUCUUGUUCUGAGCUCCAAGAUGUGCCCACCCGGCAUUGAGGGCACCUUCUUUGCCCUGCUCAUGUCUAUAGACAAUGCCGGCCUCCUCACUUCCUCGUGGCUGGGGGGGCUCUUGCUCCACGUCUUGAACGUUACACGAACAGAGUUCGGGAACAUGUGGCUCGCCAUUCUGAUCAGGAACGUGCUGAGGAUCGCCCCGCUCUUCCUGCUCUUCUUGGUUCCUAGAACUGAUCCAAGCUCUUCUAUCCUUUCUGAUGAUGUUGACAACAUGAAAGAGGCUGUCGAAGCUCGAGAGGAUCCCGAUAACGUCGAGCUCGUCGCGCUUGUGGACCGCAAGGAUGGUGGUGGUUAGGACUGCAGAAGAUGCUGAAAGGUGUUCAAGCAUUAGAAAGCCUAUAACAUACUUACUUCCUGAGUUUACUUGGGAAAUGGCCCUUUUGUUAGGUCAUGGACUCAUGGUAUUCUUUCAUCUACUUAUAUAUUUUUUGAGAAAUUACUGAAUUUUGCUGUGAGGAUGAUUGAUAAUAUCAAUAUGUACUGUUGAAAUUUUACUGCACAGGUAGUAAAUUUUAUACUGAAAUAUCGCAGUAUUACUUGUAAGAGAUGUCACACUACAAGACACUAUUAUAGAAAUAAGAGAUGUCAAUAAAGUUUGAAUAUA